GACCGACCCAUACUGGACAGUCAGAGACUGGUCUGUUCGGCUGACGGAAACACUCACUCAGUCACCGACAUGCUGGAAUUGUUACCUUUCUCCCCUACAUGGGUACUGGUAGGACUGUGUGCGCUAUUCCUCUACAUGUACCUAGUAUGGCCAUUUUCUACCUUCAAGAAGCUUGGCAUCCCUGGUCCCAAACCUGUGCCGCUGUUUGGACACUAUCUGGAGUACGGAAAGGGGAUUAACAUCUUCGACCAAGAAUGCUACCAAAAGUACAACAAGAUCUACGGAAUUUUCGAGGGACGGCAGCCCAUACUGAUGAUCGGUGACCUGGACAUUGUGAAGGCCAUCACAGUGAAGGGCAUCAACACUUUCACCAACCACAGGGACAUGCCAGGCCAAGGUGAAGGAAAACACGCCCUCUUUUUCUCCAAGGAUGAGACUUGGAAACGGCUCCGAAUUGCGAUGUCACCUGCUUUCAGCUCUGGAAAACUCAAGCAGCUGACGGUUCACAUUGAGAGGUGCGCGGAGGGGUUUGUGUCCAAUCUUGCCGAGGACGCGGAACACGGCAAAGUAUUCGAUGUGAAAGAACUUUGCGGUGCCUUUAGUAUGGAUGUCAUCUCCAGCACAGCUUUUGGAGUGGAAAUUGACUCCUUACACAACCCUGAUCACCCGUUUGUGACUAAUGCUAAGGCGAUCUUCGACAUCAGCCUGUUUAACAUCGCCUUUUUCAUUAUGUUCGCAUUUCCUCAGCUUGGCAAGUUCCUGGAGCGGUUUGGGAUGACCGUCCUCCCCAAGAAGCCUAUGAAAUUUUUCAGUGAGGCUGUCGACAGUGUGAUGGACAUGCGGAAAUCAAACUCAGGAGAUGAGAAACCGGUGGACUUCCUUCAACUGAUGCUCAAGGCUCACAACGAAGAGUUGGACAACAAGGCAUCUGGGGAGGUCGCCAAACAAGCAGGUGUUUCCAUAAAAGAGAUCAAGGGAAACGCGGUGCUGUUCUGGGUAGCGGGUUAUGACACCACCGCCAACACCCUCACCCUGACAGCAUACAACCUCGCUGUGGACCAGGAGGCACAGGACAGAGCCGUCCAGGAGGUGGACGCCAUUAUUGCCAAGCGGGGGAAACUGGACUACGAGUCUGUCAACGAGCUGACCUACCUGGAGAUGUGCAUCAACGAGACUUUGAGGAUGUUUCCUGCCUCACAGAGGUUUGACCGUGUUUGUAAGGAGGAUACGGAAGUGAACGGUUUGCACAUUCCAGAAGGUACCAUUGUUACCUUCCCCGUGUGGGCGAUCCACUAUGACGCUGACAUCUGGCCGGAACCUGAGAAGUUCAAGCCUGAGAGGUUCAGUAAGAAAGAGAAAGAAUCACGUGACCCGUACGCCUUCCUCCCCUUCGGAGCCGGCCCCAGGAACUGUCUGGGCAUGCGCAUCGCCAUGUUGGAGCUCAAGUUCGCACUGGCCAAAGCCCUGCAGAAGUUCCGCUUUGUGACCUGUGAAAAGACUGAGAUACCUGUCCGCAUCAAGAACACCUUGGGUAACCAGAUUGAAGGAGAAGUCUGGCUGAAGGUGGAAGCACGUUCUCCAGCUGUCUAAAGUAGAGAUCAACGACAAUGGACAUCGGAACUCUGUGGGUUUUAUCAUUUUGUAACGUUGAAACUGCAUGUCUACCUUGC